AUGCCCAUGGGUCCUGCUUCAAGGUUCUUGAUGCCAGUACAGCAGGCCGAAUUUCAGUUGACAAAGGCUCUCGAGGCCCUUCAAAAGGAUCCCUGGCCCGUUGCCAAUGACCGGCGAAACCUUCGAUGCACAGGUGUGGCUCUGAGUGUGGCUGUGGGUCUCCUAGAAUCAUCCUUCCAGAAUGCUGGAGCCCGUAUAAUGCUUUUCGCUGGUGGGCCUGCCACCGAGGGCCCCGGUAUGGUUGUAGGACCUGAGCUUCGUGAGCCGAUCAGGUCGCACCAUGACAUCGAUCGUGACAACAUCAAGUAUUUCAAGAAGGCUUUGAAGUUCUAUGACAACUUGGCAAAGAGGACUGCCCACAAUGGUCAUGUAAUUGAUAUUUUCGCUGGCUGCCUUGACCAAGUCGGCCUUCUAGAGAUGAAAGGCCUCUGCAACUCGACGGGCGGACACAUGAUCUUGACUGACAGCUUCACCUCGUCCAUGUUCAAGCAGUCUUUCGUCCGCAUAUUCGAGAAGGAUGGCGAUGAGAACCUCCUCAUGGGAUUCAAUGCGGUCCUUGAAGUCCUCACCACGAAGGAGCUCAAGGUGACCGGGCUGAUUGGGCACGCCGUUUCGCUCAACAAAAAAUCAGUGUCUGUCGGCGAAACAGAAUGUGGCAUCGGAAACACUUGUUCGUGGAAGAUGUGCGGCAUCGAUCCCCAGGCAAGCUAUGGCAUCUACUUCGAGAUUGCGAGUCAAGGGGCCCCCGCUCACCAACAAGCGCCACAGCAAGGCAUUAUGCAAUUCUUGACGUACUACCAACACUCGUCUGGCCAAUUCCAUCUACGAGUCACUACGAUUGCUCGCAAUCUCAGUGGGCCAGCUGGCGAUCCGGCCGUUGCACAAUCAUUUGACCAGGAAGCUGCUGCAGUCCUUAUGUCCAGGAUCGCCGUUUUCAAGGCGGAAGUCGACGACGGCCCAGACGUCCUACGUUGGGUUGAUCGUAUGCUCAUAAGGUUGUGUUCGAGGUUCGCAGACUACAGAAAAGAUGACCCCUCGUCUUUCCGUUUGGAGAAGAACUUCACGCUUUAUCCUCAGUUUAUGUUUCACUUGAGACGGAGCCAGUUCCUUCAGGUGUUCAACAACUCCCCGGAUGAGACAGCAUUCUACCGGCAUGUACUGAACCAUGAAGACGUGGCGAAUUCUCUCGUUAUGAUCCAGCCCACCCUCGACUCCUAUACUUUUGACCAGGACGGGGGCCAGCCCGUUCUGCUAGAUUCGGCGUCCAUUCAGCCGACGCACAUCUUGCUGCUCGAUACGUUUUUCCAUAUCCUGAUAUUCCAUGGCGAGACUGUUGCGGAGUGGCGCAAAGCUGGCUAUCAGGAACAGGAGGGUUACGAGAAUUUCGCCGCUUUGUUGGAACAGCCAAAGGAAGAUGCUCGAACUUGCUCUCCUAAGUUCGAUCCCAAUGAGGUGAAGGUCAUUCACCUUCGCGCCACUGGUGGUGAAGUCGGUGCUUCCUCUGCACUUGCUCCCAAGAUCGGUCCUCUGGGUCUGUCACCCAAGAAGGUCGGAGAAGACAUUGCCAAGGCCACCGGCGACUGGAAAGGUCUCCGUGUCACCGUGAAGCUCACGAUUCAGAACCGCCAGGCUGCUGUGUCUGUUGUGCCCACCGCUUCAUCCUUGAUCAUCAAGGCACUGAAGGAGCCCCCUCGCGAUCGCAAGAAGGAGAAGAACGUCAAGCACACCAAGUCUGUUCCUCUCGAUGAGGUCAUUGCUAUCGCUCGUACGAUGCGCUACAAGUCUUUCGCCAAGGAACUCAGUGGCACCGUAAAGGAGGUCCUGGGUACUGCCCGCAGCGUUGGCUGCCAGGUCGAUGGCAAGUCUCCCCAGACUAUCAUCGAGGGUAUUGACAGCGGAGACAUUGAGAUUCCCGACGAAUAA